UCCUCCCCUCCCCGCGCGCGCCACCUGUUCGACGAAAUAUCCCGCCCCGCUACAUAUACCCGCGCGCCAUUUCCCCGCCUCCCCAAGCUACCCCCACCCAUCACUAGCCUGCAUCCGCACCAUGCUCAGGGCGCUCAACCCGACCCCGCUUCGCGCGCGCCCGGCCUGCCGCUCCUCGCCGCGGCGGCGGCCGUGGGCGCGGCCACGCGCCGCGGCGGUCCCGCAGCAGCCGCCCGUGCGCCGGCCCUCCGGGGACCGGCUGUGCGCGCCGCUGCGGGGCGCCGCCGCGGCGCCGGCGCCGGCGCAGGCGCCUGGUGCGAGCGAGGCGGCGGCGAGGCCCCGGGGCGAGCUGGAGGCGUUCCUGGAGGUGGUGCCCGCGAGGAUGCGGCGCGGGCUGGCGCAGCACCCGGAGGUGCGGGAGCUCGUGGAGGUCGUCAUGGACCUCGGCCGCCGCCCGAUCGCGCGGUUCCCCACCGGGGACUGGGUCAUCUCCGACCAGCCCGUCACCGCCGAUGACCUCCGCCAGGCCGUCUCCAAGGUGGGUGACUUCUCUGAGGACAACCGAUCUGGGAUCAACCACUCGUUGCAUCGGAUCAGUGCUAUCCGGAACCGGAAGGCACAGAUAAUAGGCCUGACUUGCCGUGUCGGUCGAGCUAUAUCUGGUAGUGCUGAGAUGAUCCGUGAUCUGGUGGUGAGCGGUGGUUCAAUAUUGGUGAUUGGGCCUCCUGGAGUUGGGAAAACUACUCUGAUCAGGGAAAUAGCUAGAAUUUUGGCGGACGAAGGUAAGAAACGUGUGGUUAUAGUGGAUACAUCUAAUGAAAUAGGAGGUGACGGUGACGUACCUCACUCUGGCAUUGGACGUGCUAGGAGAAUGCAAGUUCCCAAAGUUACCAUGCAGCAUAACGUAAUGAUUGAAGCUGUUGAAAAUCACAUGCCGGAAGUCAUUGUUAUUGAUGAGAUUGGUACGGAACUUGAAGCAAUGGCAGCUAGCACCAUUGCUCAGAGAGGUGUUCAACUAGUCGGAACUGCUCAUGGGGUGACAAUCGAGAGCAUAAUUAAAAACCCUUGCUUGCAAAUGCUCGUUGGUGGGAUUGAGAGUGUGACUCUUGGUGAUGAGGAAGCAAAAAGGAGGAAAGUCCAGAAAACUAUUCUUGAGAGAAAAGGUCCCCCAACAUUUUCAUGCGCUGUUGAGAUAAUAUCGAAGACUGAAUGCCGAGUCCAUCACAAGUUAGAAACUACAGUGGACGCUAUUCUUGCAGGGAAACCUCCUAAGUUUGAAGCUCGCAAGAUGCAUAAUAAGUCUACCGAGUCAGAAAUGCCGUUGGUGAUACCUGAUAGAGAAUGUGAAAUAGAACAAUUGCCGUUAUAUCAGGAACAGAUGGUCGCCAGAACAAUGUCAUCUGAAGGCAAUUUUAGAGAUGAUUUUGCUCCCUCCAGGCAAACGAAAAGCAAGAGUAUGCCAUCGGAUGCUAACUUUGGUGAUGAUUUUGUUUUUUCAAGGAAACCAAAAGGCAAGAAAUCUGUGCCUGGAAAGUCUCUAGUCCGUGUAUACACAUACCAGAUUUCAGAAGCUGAUAUAUUGCAAGUAGCAACAGUGAUGGGUUUUGAUGAUGAACUAGAUGUAACAGAUGACAUUGGAGCAGCUGAUGUGAUUCUUGCAUCAAGUUCUGAAAUGAAGCAGCAUCCUUGGAUUCACAAUGUUGCUAAAUACCACAAGCUUCCCAUAUUUGUCGUUAAGUCUAAUACGAUGGCCCAGAUAGUAAAGGCUGUCAGAAUGAUUGUUGGAAGGGACAGUUCACCAUCACAUAAGCAACCUAAGGUUAUGGAGGGAGAGAUAGAGAUUGAGGAUGAUGCUCCGAAACGUAAGCCAUCAUUGGAGGAAAUUGAUGCGUUGGAGGAGGCCCGGCUUGCAAUCGAGUACAUCGUAAUUCCAGGCGGAGAGCCAGUUGAGCUCCUCCCUAGAUGUUCAGAAAUAGUGGCUCGGCAGCUGGAGCUUGUAGAGAGCUACCAGCUGCUUGCUGAAACCUUCGGAACUGACUCCAAUUCGAGGUUACAGAUCCUUCCAGUGAAAAUAACCAAGAAGAGUUCUAGUAAAGACAGUCGGGGGUCAAAGCCCACUAAGCAAACCGGAUCAGAUUUGAUCGUCAAUGAGAAUGGUGGCGGCUCAAGUUUUUCUCGGCUGCCCUUUCUGCCAAAGUGACCCACCUUGAUUGACUCUCUGAUCACCAUUGUCGACAAUGUACAUCAUUCCUCUCGCUUCUCAUUGUUCUUAUUGUACAGCCUUGUGCAGUGUUGUAAAUAGUGUUGAACGUUGAAGAAUCGAAAGAGCAAGGCUAACUGCCAUUGCCUUCCAUUCUUUUGCUGGAAUAAAAUCCAUUCCAUUUCCGGUGUCUUAGCCGGGUCGGGUCAGCUCA